UGGUGCUGUGGUUGCGAAGCGGCGUUGGGCUCCAGCUUCUCUUGGCUCUCUCACUCUCUCUCGCCAGCGGCAGAGGACAUAUUCAACUUUCUGUCCUAUAUUUGGAAUCACUCGGACUUGGCGCCUUUUUUCUUAAAUCUCACACCGAACUUUGCCAUGAGCAUCACGCGGCUGGAGACCUGAGCCUGAACGGUCUGCAAGAGGUGAAGAUGCCUCAUGGACCGCUCCGUCGCCACCAGUGCGCCAGUUCAGGGCAUCCCAAAUACCGAAUAACAAAGAAAUGCCGAGGUUUAGCGUCAGAUGGAUGGUUGCGGUGGUGCUGAUUCUCGCGGUCGGCGGCGCUUUCUUCUUCUGCGAGUAUCUCAUCUACUUCCCCACCAUCCUCAAGUGCGCCUGGCCGAAGAUCAGCCAUGCACGGGGCGGAGAGGGCAUCGACGGCCGGCCGAUGGACUCGGCGGUCCGCGCUAUGGUGCUGUCGGACACCCACCUCCUGGGAGCCGUCGGGGGACACUGGUUCGACAAGCUGAGGAGGGAAUGGCAGAUGGAGAGGGCUUUCCAGACCGCUCUGUGGCUGCUCAGGCCCGAAAUAGUCUUUAUUCUCGGGGAUAUCUUCGACGAAGGCAAGUGGAGCUCGCAGAAGCACUGGGAGGACGACGUGCGCCGCUUCCACAGGAUGUUCAGACACUCCACUGACACAGAACUGGUCGUGCUGGUUGGAAACCAUGACAUUGGUUUCCAUUACGAGAUGGACUGGUUCAAGCUGCAGCGCUUCGAGAAGGUCUUCAACGCUUCCUCCACCAGGAUCGUCACCAAAAAGGGAGUGAAUUUUCUGCUGGUGAACAGCGUGGCCCUGCACGGUGACGGGUGUCCCAUCUGCCAGUCGGUGGAGAAGGAGCUGAUCAAACUCUCCAGAGACCUCAACUGUUCUCUUCAGAACUCACAGUCCGGCAGUGGAGUGAUGGACAGCUGUGAAGGCUCGCAGCUCUAUCCUGCCACACCCCCCAUCAUGUUACAGCACUAUCCUCUGUACAGGGUGAGUGAUGCCGGCUGCACAGGACAGGACGCUGCACCGCCUGAAGAGCGACACCUGUUGUUCAGAGAGAAGUACGACGUGUUGUCUAAGGAGGCCUCACAGAGGCUGCUGCAGUGGUUUAAACCCCGCCUCAUCCUGAGCGGACACACCCACAGCGGAUGUGAGGUUCUCCAUGACAACAAGUACCCAGAAAUCAGCGUGCCGUCCUUCAGCUGGAGGAACAGAAACAACCCCAGCUUCAUCCUGGCGUCAGUGUCACCUGGCAGUUACGCUCUGUCCAAGUGUUUCCUGCCGGAGGAGAGCACGGUGAUCGGUGUGUACUGCUCGGCCGGCGCCUGCCUGCUGCUGCUGUUCCUGGCCCACUGCCUGUGGAUGAAAGGCCUGCUGCAGUGCCUCAGCCUCUGCCUGCUGGGGAAGCACAAGUCUCUGUGAGCUGCGUUACCCACAGUGCACCACGUUCCAGGACAGAGCCAUGAAGUGGAGUUCACCGCGGUUGGUAAAUGCUUGAUGUGAGGAUUUGGAAAUGUGACUUUCCUCCUCUGGACAGGGCCAAAAAAAAUAUAUAUAUAUGUUCAUACAACCUCAAUUUGUUUGUCCAAAUGUUUUGCGGCACUGUGAAGGACUUGAAUAUAUAUAUUUUAAAUGUCUUUGAAAGACUCAAAGUUCAUCACUUCUGACACUGACUGUGAUGGUGUGGUUAUAACCUGUGAUCACGAAGCAGAUUUGGGCCAAAUUGUUGUUACAGAUCGUGAGUGGUGUUUGUUUUGCCUUCCUUGGAAACGCCAGCCAGGUGAAGUUCUCCUGUGACUGUCUGAACUAUUAGAAAAUACACACAAUGUGGCAUCAAGUAAGACAAAUCAAACAGGUACAUAUGUAAAUACUAACUGUUCCUGGUCUGAUUUAAGGUGGUAAAGUCAGAUGUUGGUAGUUUCUGUCUCUUCACUCUGAUGUUUAACUGAUGUAAACACACUGGACACUGUUUGUUUUCGUUGUUGUUGUCUGAUCAUCCAUUCAGGUUCUCUUGUUGUUUUUAUGAUGCAUAUCUGAAUAUAUUUAUUGCUGACUCUCUGUGCCAAAUGUUUGUGAGGGUUUUUGCCAAAUUGUUGAAACCUUUCCGAUGAACUGUACGUAAUAAAUCAGAAUC